GGGUCAUGCCCCCUCCUCUCUCCUCGCAUCCCUGCAUCCCUCCGUCCCUCCCUCGCCCGCCUCUCUCCCUCCCGGCAGUGCAUCCCCAUCCCCCACACACGGUGGCCGUCUCUCCGGGUGAAAGCUGUCUUCCCAACGCUACUGGCCCGACAAAAACGUUGCUGUAGCAGAGCCAGUCCGCAGCGAUUCGAAGCUCAGCAGACCCACAAGAGAAAGAAACACACACCGAGAGUCUUUUACUGUUCAACCGAGUGGUUUUGAUUUGCAUAUCCACUUCCACUCCUCCCUCAUUUGCAUACAGCAAGAAUGGCGAGCGGGCAUCCCACAGACAAAUUCAGUUUCAUGUAUCAACCAGACACGCACAAGAGGUUAUCUUCAGCCAUGAAUCCAGUCUACAGUCCUGUUCAGCCUGGCACUCCUUAUGGAAACCCCAAGAACAUGGCCUUCACAGCCUAUCCAGGAGGGUAUCCAGCCACAGCUCCCACCUACACUCCGAACCUCUAUCAAACAGGCAGUCCUGGGUAUCCACCAGGAUACACCCCAGCAGGAACCCCAUACAAAGUGCCCCCAACUCAGUCAAAUGGAGCACCGCCUCCCUAUACCCCCACUCCCACCCCAUACCCCACAGCUAUGUACCCCAUCCGCAGUGCCUACCCUCAGCAGAACAUUUACGCACAGGGAGCAUACUACACCCAACCAGUGUACGCGGCCCAGCCACAUGUGAUCCAUCACACCACUGUGGUGCAGCCCAACAGCAUCCCCUCCACAGCCCUCUACCCUGCCCCAGUCCCUGUUCCUGCCCCUCGCAACAACGGCAUGCCUACCAUGGGGAUGGUAGCCGGGACAACCAUGGCCAUGAGCGCAGGUAGAACCAAUAUUCUCUGGGGGACUCUGCUGACAACACCCCAGCACCCACCAAUCGGAGCACACCCAGUUACUGUGCCAACCUACAGGCCCCAAGGGACCCCCGGUUACAGCUACGUACCGCCUCACUGGUAGAGCCCACCCAUCAUAUCUGGAGUCCACCAUCGUAUGCAACUGCUCAAAUGUUACACGAGCUCCCAGCGGUAACCACGAGAACUCGGCACCUGUCUGCAAGAUCAAAACUAAAGUGCAACAGCCACUUUACUAUUAUUAUUAUGCGACAUUCUCUAAUGUUUUUACAAAGGCUGCUUUUGUUUUUAUUAUUCUCUCUUCUGUUUAUUUGCCAACCAGUCAUUACGGUCUUAUUUUAUUUCCUCUCGAUUGUUUAGUUUGAAUUCCUCUAUUUUUUUUUUUUUUUUUUUCCGUGUCUUUCAUUGGAACUCCAGAAAGGACUCUCGACCAAUCGCAGGUGUCGGUCGGUCGCUCCUGUUUUUAUGUUGUGCUGGUGUGUGUGCUCCCCGCCUGCUGCUGCCGCUGCUGCUCAGUUUGCUGGAAAAUAUUGGACAUCAUCAUCAUCAAAGACUAUUGACUAAUGCUGCCAAAUUUUCUAACAACUAGAUAUCAGCACAGGGUUUUAACAUCAUCAGAUAAUUUUUUUUUUCCUGCUUUUAAGGGGGGGGUAAUAAUAUUUUUAAAUGUCCUUUACACUACCAACCUCAAUUGCUUCACCUUUUAUUUUUUCCCGCCUUCCUCUUCAUCCCUAUUUUUUUUGCCUGAUUAUGUUUCAUUCUCAGUCCGAUCUCACUUGUCUUCCAACGCGUAGUAGCUGUGUGUCCGUCAUCCCUUCUGCCACAUUAGUCGGUGCUGUGAGCACUUACAGAUCACGACCCGUCGUGUUUUCGCAUUAACGCUGUACCUAGUACACACUAACGAAUAGAUUCGCCGACUUCAUGCUACACUCUAUGCAGGCUGGUAUGGUGGGACACUAUUGGAAUCUUAAUCUAGCUAGUUCGGGUCACAACAGUGACUCUUUAGCCUGCGGGUUUUUGCGUUUAAACUAAUUUAGGGGUUUUAGGGAUUACACUUAAACACACUCACACUUAGUGGCACUUACUGGACAGUACCUCCAGUUGUAAAACACACAAAAAGAAGCAUAGCUAUCUGGUAGAAACUGCCAGCCCAGAAUGAGUUUAAAGAGAUUGUGGUGGCGGAGGGAGGGUUGUAACACAUUGAAAGGCAGGCGAACAAUUUCAAAGUAAAAGACAUUUAAGUGUGUGACGUUUCUCCUUUAAAGGCUGACGGCACGUUGUGGCUAUUUUUGUACUCUACAUGGAUUUUCUGUCUUCUCCUCUGGCUGUGAUCGUGCUAUCUCCUUCCACUUCCCAGGCGAGGACUAAUAAACAAACACACGACAGCUGAGGCAAAUUUAAUGAAGGCCCAAUAAAGUGAACGCACUUCAGCGUCAUCCACUGCUGCUGAGUGAUGGGGAAACUUUUGCAGGUCUAACAGGAAACGCAACGCGCCGACUGUUGUGAGUUUUGUUUCUUCCUUGUUUGUCCUCGUCUGGGGAAGAUUUGUGUUGAAGGUUGAAGACUGAUUGUGGGGUUUUAAUACUUAGAUAAGGCCAGUGGCAUUUUUUAGGAUUUACUCUGAGGAAAAUAAAUCCCACUAGCAUCUAGGCAUAGGCCGGUUCCCUGCAUCUAAGUGUAACCGGUGUUUGAAACCGCUAAAGUUUCCUGUCGUACCGUUCGUAAGGUGUAAAGUUUUUUUAAUGAGAUGCAAGAGAAAGUGGCAGAGUGCCCAGGGUUUCUCUCUGACUGCAUGAAGUCCCUUCCCCAGGUGAGGCUGUGCACUGCUGGCCAGCUGGCUGAAAGGAACCUGCUAAAUCUCAUAGGCUGUCUUGAUUACAAAAUGACUAAGUUGGCCAGGGAUAUUUUUAGAACAGAGCUGUACAAUUUAGUGAAAAGAUUAAAUUGCAACAUUAAUGUUAAGCAUUAGGAUGAUAAUGAUUGCAACUAAAUCACAUUUUUGUUUCUCUUUGGGUUUUUUUUUUUUAUAUACCUUUAUGAGAUUUGUAUCAGGUGUGGGCAUAAAAGGCGGCAAAAGUUUAUCCAGCUGCCCACAUAGCAUUGGCAACAGUUUUGAAACAUCGCCGCAUACCAAAUACUCCAAUUCACUAUUUUGUGUAGCCCUAUUUUGAAUAUUUCAUGUUGCAAGCACUUGAAAGCAUUUCCUGAAAUAUAGCUGUUCUCAACUCAGUUUGCGAGCGUUAAAGUUUAUAAAUCUAGUAAUCAAUAUGUAAUUUUAAUAGCAGAAGGAAUAACUUGCGACAUAUUUUAAAUGAAAGCAAUGAUGCCACGUUUUAAUUUCAAGUUUUUGUCAAAAUUCAGAAACUUUUUAUUUUUAUUUUCUAUUUUUCUUUUAACUCGACGUUAUCAUACAAUCAGGAUCUUGUGCCGGCCCACGCCUACUCACAUCCUAACGCUGAGAUCUGUACAGUGCAGGUCGGUAUUACAAGAAGCAUUUACUGCUGGUGUGUGGAUGUAGUGGUCUGAUUAUUGCAAUAAAUUAAGGGGCGUGCACCUCCAUCUGUUGACACAAAGUAAUUAUUUUGACAGCCUUUUUGAGUUUGUUUAAAAAAUAAAAAUCGUGAUAUCCAAGUAGGGAGUUGAGGCUGCUCGCGCUGCCAACGUUCAAUAAGUAAUACUGCAAAGAAGUCAAGAACAUAUCAGAACUCUGGGGUAUUGAAUAACAUUGCAAGGAAUUAUUGCACAACAUAAGAUAAAGGAAAAAAAAAAAACUUGACUAUACUAUAAUUUAAUGCUAAGUAACAGGUACUUAGGCUUUGUAGUGCAAAAAAGGAUGAAAAAGCAAUUUAUAUCAUAAUUAAAACAAUAAGGUGGAGUGUUUGAAUUAUUAUUAGUCAAGAUGUUUGUACACUAGUAGGUUAAUUCUUAAGACGAUAUUGCAUAAUGCCGCUGUCGGAGGAAAAUAAAAAAUUUCGCUGAAUAUCUGGUGGAUAAUGUUGGAGUUUCGACCGUGACCAGAUCCUGUAUAUUUAAAAUUGAUAGUGAGACUGAAUAAUAUAAAAUAAAAAGCAGGAUUUUCUUGUGACAGCAGCAAUGUUACUCUACAUUAGGAUUAUUUAACCAACCACUACUUUUGUCAGUAUUUCUGAAUUAAAAUCCUCUUGUUUGCUUUGUUUCUUCUCCUUCCCUCCCUUAGGUCAGUUGAACGUAAUGGGUAUGCAUAAUAUUCAGGUGUCUUUCACUAUAGCAUUGGAUUUUUAGGUUAAAAAAAAACAACAUGCAGUAUAUUUAAAGAGCAAGUGGUACAGUAAUGUAUUUCUAGCUAAGCAUGGUUGCAUUAAUGUGGCAGCUACUGUUUGUGCUUUUUAUUUAAGGUUUUUUUUUGUUUGUUUGUUUGGGUUUUUUUUUUUUUUUUACUGCAUCCCUGCCCUCUACAUAUCUUUCACUUUGAGGGGAGAAGUUACCACGGUGUCUGUAGAUUAUUGGAAGUUGUGGAAUCUGGCACCAGAUUCCCACAGGCUUUUUUUUAUUUUUAUUUUAGUUUUUUAAUACCUGCUGCCUGAAUUCCCAGACACGCUGAGGGAAGUAGAGGAUGAGCGACAGAGCUGAAGUGGAGGAUAAAUGUGUCCAAUUGUCUGUCUGUUUUAGCUCCAUAGCUACAAGGAUGUAUCGAAUGAUGUCUAAAAAAACCCUCAGCCUCCAUUUUCUCUUUUUUUUUUUUUUUGUUUAUAUUUAAUUUUCCUGUGCCAUAUUUCACCAAUUGUUAUUUGGUAACUAAGUUUCUUCCCCCUAAUAAGUGGUGAGCUCUGAGUCCUUGUUAUGUCUUGCUUCCUGUGGAAUCUGUGUUUUCCUAUUGCUGUCCUUUUUUUCCUCUCGUUGUUGACUCUUAUUACCUGUCUGACUUUUUAAGCUUACUGUACCCUACGUGUCUGACUUGGUUUUUGCUCCGUGCCAUUUUGCAUCUCCCUUCGGACACUUCAUUUCUCCAACCUCGGGGAUGCAAAAUGAUGCCUGUCCCCAGUCUUUUUCCACUCUUACCUCGAAUGAACUUUUUUCUCUUGUUUUGUUUUGUUUUGUUUUUUUUCCUCAGUUUGACCUUUGCUACACUCAACACCCUCACCUAAACUGCAGUCUUAUUGAAUUGUAUCAUGAUUGCUGCCAUUUUUGUGUCAGCUGACCCUGUUUAACACUAGAUGUCACUAGUGACAAAGUCAUAAAGUGGCUUCGUAGUAGUUGAAGGCUUUGAGCCAACAUUCAUAGAAGAAUUGGGUAUCGUACCUUGAGCACCUGCACAUUAUGAUCCAAAUAGUCCUUUAAAGUAACAAAACAGGACUCAAGGUGACGCCUCUUAUUUGCUGCACUUAUAAGAGUUUCUGAGCUGUGGACCAACCUGGUCUGUGCAUGCUGUGGUAAUUUCAUUUUUCUCUUCAGAAACUAUAAAGUGCUUUUUGCCUUUUCUUUUAAUAUGAAAUUGCAGUCUAUUUUUUUUGUUUUGUCUUGUGGUUAAACAGAUGAGCAGAAAUUGUUUUAGUUUCAUAUUUAAGUUUAUAUUAGUACAAAGUAACAUCAGUAGCAAAGAAAAACUCAAAUUUGGCCAACCUCAGAGCGGCCAACUUUUCUUUUUUUUUUUUCUCCACACUGAUCUACCAUCCCAUUUAAAAUUUUGACUUUAUCAGUUUUACUUUCCUCACUCAAACUCAUCAAAAUAUGCGUUUGUUAUUUAGUCUGAGAAUAUAGUUUCUGUCUAGGAAUAUUCAGAAAUAUUUGCUUUUUUUUUUUUUUUUUUGCCAGUACAGCAAUUUUAUCCUAAAUAUUAAUAAUAAAAAAAAUAAAUUCUACUCAUUUUUUUUAACCACAAAAAGAAAACCUAUUUUUCUAUCGAAUAUUUAAGGAAAAUCUAAUGACUGUGCUUUUAAGUUUUUAUCUUUAUUGGUUUUUGAUGAGAAUAUCCAAUUACCAGGAGAUGCACGGUGCCAACGCUACAGAGGCAGAUCUACAGAGCCGAGAAACGGGACAACCUUUCUCCCAAGUAUUCCUGCUUUACAGGGAAAGCAAGCAUGUGCCUGCCUAUUUAGUUCGCUCCAUUCCUCGUCUCGUUAUUUUUCAAUUUGCACUGAAGUGAAAAGUUGGAGGUUGGGCAUUUUUGGCGUGUUCUGUGAGGGGGAACGUGUGCAAAGUUGUCUUAAACACGAAUCUUUGACCAUCUCUUUUCGUAAGUCAUCCUGUCCGCUGUAACAUUUCCAGACCUUUAAAAGGUGAAAAAAAGAAAAAAAAACUGUCUAACCUUUUUCCACUUUGACAGUGAAAACACGACCAGAACCAUUCAUUGCUUCCUGCACCCACUUCUCUUCACCUCUUCUCUCCCUUUUUUUUUUUUUUUUUUUUUUCCGCCUUGCAGUUUGAGUCUUAGUUUUUCAUGGGUAUAAGUUACAACACUACUAUCAAAACAAAUAGUAGGCUUUUAAUUGUCCUUGAUGUUCUUGCUGCAGCUUUUUAUUUCUCAGUUUGUCAGAGGUCUCUCUUGGUUUUGAUUUGACACUAAAUGUGAUGCAAAAAGUGGAAAAUUCCUUGUCUUCCAAAAGAAAAAAAAAAAAAAGAAAAAAAGAACAAACACGUGUCCUCGUAUUGCGCUUGGAUCGAGUAAUAGGAACAACCCCAUCUUUGGAAGUUUUUAGUUUGGUACCCAGUUUGCACAUGCUAUGGUAUCUCUGUUACCGUAAGGUUUGUGUUUGAAACUGAAGCCCAACGUCUGUUCAGCGUUGAGAGAAGUGAAUUGUAUGUUAGCUAUUUGGUCCGGAGUGAAGGACCAGCGUCAGGCUUGUGAUAUGAAGUGUAAAUCUGUUUAUUUUAUUUUUUUUUAAAUGUAUUUUUGUUGUUGUUGAGGGUUUUUUUUUUUUUAAGAUCAGUUAGUGAUCUUAGUACUAUAACUAAGCCAAGUUUGUAAUUGUAUAUUUACUGUAAAAUGUAGAACAUUGAAUAACUAUUAAAAUUUUCCUAUAAAAGGAA